AUGCGCCUCCAGCUCCUCGACGUCUCCCUCGUCCGCGAGUACCUGCUGCAUGCCCUCCGCCCUGCCGCCUUCCUCGCCCGGCACGUCGAGGCGCCUCCGUCGCUGUGUGCGGCGGGCGAGGAUACGGCGGUGGGGUGCUGCGGCGCCGCGGUCGGCUCGGGGGCGACGGACGCGACUGGCGGCUGGCGCGCUUCCGAGUACCGGGCACGGUUCGGGGGCGACUUCGACGCGGCCAAGCUGCGCGCGCUCUGUGUCGCGCACGUGCGUGGUCUCGCGUGGUGCGCACACUACUACUACCACGGCUGCGCCGACUGGCGGUGGCACUUUGGCUUCCACUACGCCCCCUACGCGCACGACUUGGCCGCGGUGGCGGCGGAGCUGGCGGCGGCGGCCGACGGGCCGUGGGCGGGGGGUGCGGCGGGUGACGUGGCCGGCGGCGCGGCGGGCAGCGAGUCCAUAGGGGCGUGGGGCGGCGAGGGGCCGCUGCGGCCGGUGCAGCAGCUGGCGGCGGUGCUGCCGCCGAGCAGCGCGGCGCUGCUGCCCGCUUCGUACCGGCCGCUUGUCUGUUCGGGCUCGUCGCCCCUCGCCGCCUACUACCCGCGCGACGUGCCGCUCGACAGCCGCGGCUGUGCGCACUUGUGGCAGGCUGUGCCGCUGCUGCCGUUCCUUCCGAUCACCGCGCUGCUCCGCGAGCUGGCGCCGCUCCCGCUUACCGCGGAGGAGGCGAGGCACGACGCCGUUGGCCGCGAGAGGCUCUACGCCCACCCCGACCUCGCGCGCCGCGUCUGCGCGCCGCCAGCCGUGCGCGAUCCCGAGCCGCAUGGCCCGCUUGAGGACGGUGGUUUCGGAGCUCGAGAGUCGCCCCGGCCGGCCUCGGCGGAGGCGGGCUGGCUCGCCCUUGCGCGGCCCUCCUUCGUGGCGGGGUCGGUGCGUCGCCGAGAGGGCGGCGAGCCGAGCGGGCGGCAGGCCAGGGCGCCGCUCGACAUGCCGCUGCCUCCCGUCUGCGCCGGCUCGUUUGCCUGCUUCGACUUCCGCCCGCCCAAGCGCCGGACCCACUCGCCGGCGCCUCUGCCACGUGCGACGCCGCUGCCGCCGCGGCUCACUUUGGCCGAGCUGUCGGCCGCGACGCGAGGCAAGUCGACCGCGGAGGCGGCGGCGGCGCCCGCUGCUGCGUCGGCCUCGGCGCCGCAGAAGCGCCGCAAGACGAGCGCGACCGCGGCCGAGCUGGCCCUUGCGCGUGGGGGGUCGGCGCGCGCGCAGCCGCAGGCUGGGGCGGGGGGGAAGCAUAAAGCGCCGACGCCGGUAGACCCCGGCGCCAUGUUUGGGUUUACGUGUGUUUAGUGUCGGGUGGGGUCUGCCGUGAACAUUCCGCAAGGCCGCUCGAUUUGGCCGCCUUCCGUCCUGUCAAUGCUUGCCGCUCGCC